CAAAAAGAACCCAAUGCUGUCUGGAAUUGACAGCAUCGACAAUGACAGUCGAGUUCGGGUUUUAGGUAUCAUUGACAAACUUCGUGAACUCGGAGUUAGCGAGACAGUCUCCCUUCCUCAGCUCGUUGUUGUGGGUGAUCAAUCGAGCGGCAAAUCUUCUCUUCUUGAGGCACUCACCGGGUUAUCAUUCCCCAUAGCCAGUGAUCUUUGUACCCGACAUGCGACACAAAUUGUCCUUCGCCGGUCAAAGCUUGAAGAAGCUGGGGCGAAGAUAAGCAUCAUCCCUGGGCGUGCAGCCCAAGCAGAUGAAGAGACGAAAGAACGCCUAUUGAGCUUCGAGCGAUCACUCUCCUUAGAUCAAUUUGGAGUGGGUGAAUUCACCCGCAUUUUUGACGAGGCUGCUGAAUGCAUGCAAGUGCCAGGCCCAACGACAGAAAAUCUAGAAAAUCUCAAAAAGCGUUUCUCAGAUGACAUACUAAAGAUUGAGCUUUCCGGCCCAGGACAAAAGCAUCUUAGCGUUGUUGAUGUGCCGGGUCUCUUUCACAAUCCAACAAAGUAUCAGACAACAGAAGAUCGGUUCAUCAUCCGCAGCUUGAUCGAGUCUUAUAUUACUGACAAGCGGACAAUCAUUCUAGCUGUAAUGGAUGCUAGAAACAAUCUUGCCAACCAAGAGGUUUUUUCCAUGGCACGCGCUGCUGAUCCGGAAGGGAUUCGAACUGUCGGUAUAAUAACCAAGUGCGAUGCGUUGGAAGCAGGCGAUGAAGAAGGAGUCAUUCGCAUUGCAAAGAACAUGGUUGAGCGGCUGCACCAUGGCUGGUUCGCUGUCAAGAAUCGCUCGACAAAAGAUAUUCGAGAUGGCGUCAGUAUUGAGGAGCGCAACAUCCGAGAAAAAGAGUUUUUCUCGACCGAAAAGCCCUGGACAGAACUUGCGAGUGACCGUGUUGGCAUUGAUAAUGUCAAAAGUUUUCUCGGGAGAUUGCUUUACAACCACAUUAAGGGCGAGUUUCCUUCAAUGGUCAAGGAGAUUGAGGACCAAGCGCAAGAAACACAGGACAAUCUCGAAUUGCUAGGUCCUUCUCGCCAGACAUCUCUUGAACAGCGGAAAGUCUUGCUACGUAUCGCACUGACAUAUCAGAAUGAUGUCACUGGAGCGCUAAGCGGCAACUACGAACAGGCUCUGUCCGCGGACCGGACCUUGAAGCUUAGACUGCGGAUUCGCGAAAUAAAUGACGAAUUCGCGGAUGCUAUGAACCGCAAUGGACACGCAAGGGCAUUCCGUACGGUACAAGAUGAGGUUGAUCAGGAAUUUUACCGCCCCGCUGGAAAUGGACAAGAUGAAAAUAUCUAUGACUGGAUACGCAUGCUCUAUCGCGAUUCAAGGGGAGUGGAACUUCCGGGAACCGUGAAUCCCAUGGUUCUCGAGAAUAUGUUCCGUCAACAAACCGUACCUUGGGAAGGGCUGGCUCAGCAAUACUUCGCCUCAAUCUACGAGGUGCUUACUGCGUUCAAUCACAAGAUAUUCGAACUCAAGAUUCUCGAUGACGACUUGAAGCGGAAUCUCAUGGCCCGUCUUCGAGAGCUUGAAAUGUCGGCUUUCGGGCGUGCUAAAGACUACUUGAUGCAAAUCCUCCGGGAUGAAAGAGAAGGAAUACUCCAGACUGUCAAUAAUUACUUUGCAGAGACUGUUUCUUCCAUCCGAGAAGACCGGGUCCGUGCAAGGCUUUCUGAAAUGGGUCUUCAAGACAGCAGUUAUACCUCGACCACUUUAAACCAGAUGAUGAGCCGCCUUCAUCUGAGCAAUGAAGAUCAAGCCGUCUAUGAUAUCCAUGAUACCUUGAAAGCCUACUACAAAGUUGCCUUAAAACGAUUCGCAGACAAUGUCAUUAUCCAAGUCACGGAGCGUCAUCUUCUUGGACCGCAAGGGCCAGUCAGGAUAUUAUCUCCGGAAUGGAUUGGCGACUUCUCAGAAGCUGAACUCGCCGAUGUUGCAAGCGAGAAUUUUGCCACAUCAUCUUCCCGAAACGAGCAACGAGCCAAGCUUGAUAGGUUGCAGCAAGCUUUACACAUCGCUCGGCAGGCCGGAAUCUGAAUUAAUGAUUUGCUAAGUCAUAUCGAGAAUCAUGCCUUCAGCAUUGUGUCUCAAUUCCGUGUGUUGAUUUAACAUCAUCUGUCUGUGUGCGGAGCACUUCUGUCUCAAGAUUCAACAUCACUUCUUUCGUCCUGUUCUAUGUCAAUUCAACACUAAUUCUCUAUUGCAAACUCUGCCUGCUUCCAUGGGAAAACCAAUGACCAAUCAAUGAGUGAUCAUUUAGCUCAUCUAAGUUGGACUUUAACAGACCGGGGAAAGAAACUUGUAGGCUUGGGUAGUAGAAACACCGGAUAGUGAGAAGUGAGAAUUAAUAUUCUCAGUCACGCCAGGAACAGAAACAUGGUCUGGGGUUAAUGCAAUUUCUAUGCCAAG